AUGAUCAACAACGUUCUUGCUCUUCUUCUUCUCUUGGCCGUUUCUAUGUGCCUCUUUGACUAUGCUGAAGCUCAAUGGGGAUACGGCGGAUAUGGCGGCGGAUACGGUGGAUAUGGCCCAUACGGAGGAUUCAGACGUCGUAUGAUGAUGCGCCAAAUGAUGUACGGAGGCAUGUACAACCCAUACGGAAUGUACGGAAUGUACGGAAAGUAA